CCAUCUCAUCCAUCGCCCACCCGAAACGUCCACUCAAUUUCUGCAAGUCACUGCGCUGUGCGCUCUUGCAUUUCUUUUCUUCCGGAACCCUUCUAGUUUUUAUAUAUAAAAAACUACACACUCCUUCACCAUGGCGGCGCCCGGCCAGCCGUCCCCCCAGCAGAUUGCGGCCAUGCAACAGCAGUUCGCCGCCGAAGCUGCUAGGCGCGGAAUGACCCCCGAGGAAUUUGCCAAACAGCAGCGCGAACAGCUCACUGCAGAGGCAGCCAAGCACGGAAUGACAACCGAACAAUAUGUCACUCAGUUGAGAAUGCGAGCUCUUGCCGCUCACCAGAGACAAGUCGAGGCCCAACGACAAGCUGCUCAAGCCCAAGCGCAGGGCCAGCAGCCCCAAGCGCAAGGGCAAGCACCUCCUCAAUCACCAGCCCAACCAGGACAGAAUCUGCCAGCACCCCCACAGCCUCAACCCCAGCAGGUGACCCGCCAGGUCCCUGUGAACCCUAACAACCCUCCUGAUCCGAAGGCGCUCGCCGUUGCCGCGUUCUUGCGGUCGCAGAACCUAAAGACACGGACAUGUAUCAUGGAUGGGCAGCGGAAGGAGAUGUUCAAAGUGAAACGUGCCAUCCGCGCCAUCGAGUCCCCAGCUUACGCCAAGGCGGCUGCCAAAAAGAACUCUCUUCUCCCUCCAGUCACCGACCGCGCAUCGGCAGAGAACGUCUUCAAGCUUCUUCCCCUAUCCCUUCUUGCUCUGCGCGUGACGAAGGUUGACCCCCAUGCGGGCCACAACCACGGCAAGUCCAAGAACCGUGUCAAGGGACUGUGGACGGUGCGCAUUGAGCAGCACCAAGAAACCGAUCCUAUGAUGCACUAUGUCUGGCUGUGGGAAGGUCCGCAGUGGAAGCAGAAGGUCAUGGCCGCGGCUGUAGUAGCAGGAAUCUUCGCGGUGGUGCUGUUCCCCCUGUGGCCGAUGAUGCUGCGCCAGGGUGUCUGGUACCUGAGUGUGGGCAUGAUGGGUCUGCUGGGAUUGUUCUUCGCCAUGUCCAUCUUUCGUCUUAUUCUGUUCUGCAUCACAGUCAUUGCGGUUCCCCCUGGUCUAUGGCUGUUCCCCAACCUAUUCGAAGAUGUUGGAUUCGUGGAUAGUUUCAAGCCCCUGUGGGGCUGGCAAGAGACCAAGAAGAAAAAGUCCAAGAAGUCCAAGAACGCAGGAGGCGAGGAACCUCAAGCCGCAGCCCAAUCCACUCCGUCCGCCACCACAACAGCAACAGCAGCCCCGGAUACCUCAAGCACUGUAAAGCGAGACCUUGCGCCGCGCGUGGAGGAAGUCACCGAAGAGUAAUCGAUGUACUUUGAUUCUAUACCAUUGACUGCGGAAAUCCAUUGAGCCUUCUUCCUACAUGUGUGGGAGAUACAACCUUUCUCGCUUCUAAUCAUAUCCCAUCUUAUCCUUUCAGUUCUGUACGGUAACUCUUGCACGUCCUCGCUUUACACUUCGGUCGCAUUUUCCCAUUUCCAUUGUUGCUUGGUUAGGUUAGGGGUAUUCGGGUUUUGGGUUUACAGCUUGCUAGCACAUGAUUGAAUCAAUUCCUACUGUUGG